AUGUGGGACCUGGUAGGAGGGGUGAGGGAGGAGAGAUGUAAGGAUAGGAGGGUGGAGGAGAGAGAUGUGGGUACUGGCAGGAGGGACAGAGAGUGGAGAGACCGGAGGAGAGGAGGGCAAGAGACCGAGGAGAGACGGUGGAGUGGAGAGGAGAGGAGGAGAGGGUGGACAGUGGACAGAGAGAGGAGAGACUGGGACCCAGAGGACAAGAGGGUGGAGACCCAGGAGGAGGAAGACAGGUGGACAGAGGAGAGACCGGAUCGGAGGAAAACGGUGGAAAAGAGAGGUGGGAGAGACGGAGGAGAGGAGAGACGGCCAGGAGGACCCGGAGGACCAGAGACAGAGACCAGGAGGAGAGAGGAAGGAGACCAGGAGGAGAGAGACCCAGAAGAGGAGAGGAUGGACAGAAGACAGAGACAGAGACCGGGAGGAGUGGAGAGGCCGGCACCAGGAGGGACAGAGGAAUGGAGAGACCGGAGAGACGGAAACCGGGACAGACCGGAGGGACAGACCCGGAGACCAGGAGUGGAGACGGAGGAGGGAGAGACCAGGUGGCGGAGGACCGGAGGAAGGAGAGAGGACCGAGACCGGAGGAACGAGGACAGAGAGACAGGACCGGAGAGGCAACAACAGAGAGACACAGAGUGGAGAGACAGGGAGGAGGAGACCGGAGGAGGACCGUGGAGGACCGGGAGGAGGGAGGACGACGGGAAAGGACAGACCAGGAGGUGGACAGGUCGAAUGGACAGAGUGGAGACCGGAGGAGAACGCAGGACAGAGGGAGGAGACCGUGGAGGCACCGGAGAGACCGGGAGGUGGAGAGACCGGGAGGAGCUGGCGGAGAGAGGGUGGAGACCGGGAGGACAGACCGGACAGUGGGAGACCGGAGGACCAGGACAGGAGACCGGAGGAGGACGGAGACCGGAUAAACCGGGAGGAGAGUGGAGACCGGGAGUGGGAGGCACCAGGACAGAGAGUGGAGAGAGACCGGAGGGCGAUACCAGGAGGACAGAGGAGGAGACCGGAGGUCAGGCACAGAGGUGGAGAGACCGGGAGGAGAGGCAGGACCAGGAGUGGCACAGAGGAGGACCGGAGGGAGGAGAACAACGGACAGAGGGUGGAGACCGGGAGGGAGGAAAACAGUGGACAGAGAGUGGAGAGACCGGAGGGAGAGGAAACGGAGGAGGACAGAGGACCGGGAGAGGAGGACAGACAGAGGAGGAGACCGGGAGGCUGAGGGCCAAGGAGGACGCAGGAUGGGAGGAGGGUGGAGACCGGAGGAGAAACCGCAGGACAGAGGAGUGA